CAAUCCUCGAAAAUGUGAUCGGUCGUGCGAUGUACGAACAUCAUCGCAUCCUUGGCAUUGCCGCGCAACUGCGUAACGUUACCGCUACCGCGUACCGCGGUAGGCUACAAACCAGGCGCCAAGCAGAUGCCUCCUGAAGUAGUGCUGUAUCAAGACUUGCAUCGAACGCCCCCACCCCACACUUCCACUUGGACGACGGAGACAACUGUAACUUUCAAUAAAAUCACCGAUAUUCGCCGUUAAUAAUCCCUUGUCACUCUGCUUCGGGCACGUAAAUGUCGACGGACUCGUCCAUUUUCGUGGAUCGUAAGGACGUUCGCCUUGCUUGCAAGGCUUCCAUGGCUUGGAUUUGGCCUUGGAUCAUCAUGGGAUGGAUCUGGAACGGCUGCACCGAGUCGGGCAGAAACGGCGAAAUGCCCUGGAGAAAGUCUGUGGCUUCAUUCAUCUUCAACGCAAAGCCAAGGCGAACCAUUUGCCCGUCGUAGAGGAAGCCGAUAGUGGGGCGCGUGAUUUGAGGGCUGCUGGACGACGCGACCACUUGGAACGGCUUCAUGAGGUUCACGUCAAACGUCCGCGCUUUCCGCACACACAGCGCCUGCCACUCGUACGUGAUGGUCUUGGUGUUUGUGAAGGUGUACACUUCACACCCAAACAGGUUCCACGUGGCAGACGCGAGCACGAACGUUGCGAUGAACCCGCCAAACACGAUCGGGAUCACGAGGGCGGAGCUGCUGUGUAGCACGAGUACUUCUAGAAUGUAAAUGGAGUACCCAGCCGCCGCCCCGACGACGACCAGCGCUGUCAAGUAGAAGGUAUCCCAUGGCACUGGCACCCGCACGUGCACCCCGCCGGUGGCUGCAGGUUGGAUGGAAUACCGUGGAGGGCGUGCAGUCAUAUGCAGUCCCGGCCAAGUUGUAGUGCCCACUUGCAUUCUUUGAAGCGAGCGACUUUUUUUU